CUUAGACAGACAGGAGCAGAGCAACAACAGCAGACGGCUGCAGAGAGCUGCGGUAAGAACGGAUUAUUUUGCUUUGCCAGGUUUAGUUUCCCUGCAUGGCACCAGGUUUUAAGAUUCGUUAGCAGCAGCUUGUUGCAUCUGGAUUUGUGCAAUCUUUGGUCAGACAGGAUCCCAAAACUUAACAGAACAGCUGUUGAAUGAAAGCUGUGGCACAAACAGCCAGCUGUACCCGACCCAGCAGGAACCAGAGGAACAGUGUGUGAGGAAUGGCAGACAGAAAGCUCCUUUCUGUUGCUGAUGGCCUGCCAACAGCAGCUCAGCCCCCAGCGCCCUCUGUUGGUAUAAGUGGCUUACUGCACGACGAGAUGAGCUUCACACCUCUGGACUCCAGCAGUGGUGGAGUUGUCCAACCAUUCCAACGUUCACCUAAACUCCAGAGGAAGGCAGCCAAACACGCACCCCCCUCUCAGGAGCAGCUAUCCAGACAAAUGGAGGAGCUGAGAGCUGAGAGGACCAAGACUGAAGCCCACAUCCAGUCUCUGAAGAAACGCAAAGCAGAUCUCACUCGGACCAUGGAGGCGAUGAAGCAGCAGGUCAGAGAGCACUAUGAGAACAUGCACUGCACUCUAAAGCAGGAUGAGCAAGCAGUCCUGGACGCCCUGGAGCUAGACCUGAGAAGGACAAGGACCAGGAUGGACCAGGUUCUAAAGAACUGGAUGAACCAUCAAGAACAGGUCACCAAGAGCAUCAGCAUCACACAGGGAGCACUGGGCAAGCAGCUCACAGUGGAGGGACACUCGGACGUGGUCAGUCCUAAGAGACCAGACGCCUCUGAGAAGGACAUCAGACUCAACGAUGUGAGAUUUGAAAAACUUCUAAAAACCCUCUCGGUCAUCUCCAAAACCCUGAGAGCACAGCUGCAGAGGAAGACUCUCCUGCUAGAUUCCUCCCCCACUGUGAUUGACAGGCAGACAUGCCACACCCAGAUCAAAGUGAUCUCAGAGGGGCGGGGCCUGUCAUUCUCCAGCGCUCCCUGCUCGGCUCCAGAGCAUCCCCUCCAGUUUGAUAAGGUAUGUUGUGCUCUGGGCUCGACUCCAAUCACUGCAGGUCAGUGUUACUGGGAGGUCAACGUGGGCUGCUGCUCAGCCUGGGCUGUGGGCGUGGCUUACGGCAGCCUCCACAGGAAGGGACGGGACAAGGGCGCCAAGUUGGGCCGGAACAGGAACUCCUGGUGUGUCGAACUGAAGAACAGGAAUCUGAGGGCAUGGCACAACGACCGGCACGUGGACUGUCGGGGUGCAGGUCAGAGUCCACCGCAAUCACUAGGAGUGUGGGUGAAUUACGAUAAGGGUCAGCUGCUGUUCUAUGAUGCAAACACGAUGGCUGUCCUGCAGAGAUUCUCAGCAGCCAUGACUCCAGUGUUCGACAGGGCUCAUCACCAGUUCACCGAGCCCUUGUAUCCGGCCAUUCGCUUCCUAAAACCAGCGGAGAACCAGGAGUGGCCGAGCCACCUGGAGUUCUGUCACUUCCACUCAGUGUAGAGCAGCUUAGGUGUUGCCUUAGUGAUUUCUAUAAACCCAUCCAUGCUGGAUGGGUACAGGGCACAGAGGCCAGCGAGUGGUUUGAUGAUUUGAAGCAGUGUGUCCUGUCUGAACCAGUUUUAAUGUGACUGUAAGUUUGCUUCCAGAUGUGUGCAUCUAAGACACGAACAUGCCUGGUGCUCAUAUCCUGAUAUCUGGUUGAUUUCAGGAUGUAGAAACCAGAACCCUGUACGCCUAACAGUUGACUGAGUUUGGUCUGUGCAGAAGCUUCUGGUUCAUCCUCGAGUCAACGUGAUGGUUCUGUUUCAGAUGUGGUCUUACAGCGGCUGUUAGUAAUGUCCUGAUGUGUGACGCAAAAACGCAACAUAAAGGUAACGUCUGUAAUUCUAGAGGAAUAACAACUGAAGAGUUGGGCCAAGAGUGAAGAAGGGGCCUUUAAGUGGCUUCUUACACGUUUAUAUCAGACAAACACCCAACUCUGGUCCCUGAUUGGUCCUAAUCCUAUCCUCCAGCCCACCAAAAAACACGGAAAGAUCAUAAUAUUUAGUGUAAAUAUUUAAAAACACUGUAGUUUUUUCACUGAGAGUUUGCAAACAUUUACUGUAUUUCUUUUGGGUGGUGUAAUUCAAACUCCCACCGCUAGGUGGCAGCGGUUUUUAAUGCCUCGAUUGUGACAAAACAAGAUCUCACGAUACACCAGAUGUGUCUUGGAAACCUCAUGAGUGUGUUUUACAAUUAAGUUUAGUCUUAAGAAUUGAUCAUAGCAUCCAGUAUUUACUAUUAUAUAUAUGUGUGUGUGUGUGUGUGUAUGAUUAUUGCCAAUACACACUCCUAAUAAAUAAUUUUAGAUGUUAAACAUUUCAUUUCCUAUAAUAUUGAUGUUAGUAAUACGUUUCUGCCAUUUUUAAGUGUUUCUGUGUAAACGUUAUAAUUACCACCACAUCUGUAUAAAAUAUAAUUUGCAUGAAUUUCUAUGACACGUAGAAGCUGUUUGGAAACACUAAACACAAGAAUGAUAAAAAUGUAGAGGUUACCUGAGGUCGAUGUCCAGUAGCAGGCUCUUCAUAGACCCGCUCUUCUGCAGCUUGAUGAGCUCCUGCAGCCUGUUAAUAAGCAGCAAUUAAAACAGAUGUAGAUACAUGUUAUCGGUGUUUAACUUUGUAAAAUUAAAACUAAUAAAAGCAUUAUGGUGUGUUGUUUAUUUUUCAUCACCUACUGGUAAAUCAUGUUUUUACAAAGCAAAGUGAUUUAGUGAAACAAGGCAGAUUGUGAACGGAUGACUGAGACGUUUCAGGGAAAUUUGGUCCAAGAUGAUCCCAACAAACAUGGAAGCUUUUCCCUAAUAGCCAGGAUGGUGGCAGCAUUUCUCAGCCUGGGCUUUAGCAUCCUCACACACAGGAAAAGGGCCAGAAACAGAAGGAUGGUUCAGAUGAACUAAAAGCGAGUUCCUAAUGGGCAGUCACCAUAGCAACCACAGAUGACUGCCAGGGUCUGGUGGGAGUGAGCUUUAAGGUCUGAAUGACUUGUUUCUGAUUAAGAAUAAAAUGUUUUUGGACACAUUCUGAUUGCUGCUUGCGCCACCAACCAGCUGAUUUCGAUUUGAUCUAAUAAAGGAGGUGGGUCAAGUGUCUAGCCCAAGGACACAACUGCGACAGACUGAGCGGGGCUCAAACCUGCAACCUUCCGAUUAUGGGGCGGGCACUUAACUUCUGAGCCACUGUCCCCGCCGAUAAUAACUUGUGGUAGAAACAAACCGGUUAACAUAAGGGUCUUAAAGGCAAGCUCUUGUUUCAGCAGAGCUAUGAGGGGAUUCUGAGUUCCUCUGGAGGUCGCCCACAUCCAUCCCUUAAAGCAGCAAUCCUGAAAUCCCUCCUUCAGGAUUUAUGUAUGAUAUAUAUUUUUUUAGAAAUCUACAAAAGUACAGUCUUCCCCUAACGGUGUUCUUUUUUAGGUAACGGAAUAAUCUAAUUAAUUACUUUUCCCACUGUUGCAACAUCGUUACCGUUACUGGGGACGGAAGGUUGUGCGUUACUAUGUGCUUGUCGAACGUUGAGCAACAGCGUGAGGCUUUCUGACCGCCACACUUCAGCUGCAGCCAGGGAGAGAGAGGUGUCGGUAAUGCACUUACAAACACGAUGAUGAUUGGCCGGGUGGGCGGAGACCCUCAGUGUUCUCACUGUCACCGCAUGCUGUAGACCCAACAUAGCAGUGAUGGGAAUAACGCCGUUUAAAAUAACCACGUUGAUAAAAAAAUAUUUCUUUCUGUAACGAGCAAACUAAUUAAUUACCAACUUCUUUUAACAAAACGUUGUUUCUGUUACUGAUAAGGAAAAACGUGCGUUAAGCAGCACGGUGUGUUGAAGCUGUCAUCAGCUGAUCAGGAGCUAAAGAGGCAGAUGUUUUCAUCCAAGCGCAUCACGGCCGUGAAGAACGAGGAAGACGGGAUGAAUAUCUACGGCUGCAGGUGUGGAUCUGCAGCCGUGCCCUUCUUGGCGUGACAGCGGGACGUCCCGAAGGUCCGCUCACCUGUUCACUGCUCAGACGUCCUGAUCUUCUACCUUCCUAGAUCAUCCAGCUGUAACCUGUUUCUGAUCGUGUCUUUAGUCCCGCUGUAACACUGAUGCAUCAGUCUUAGACGUCAUGGAGCUCAGGUGUUAUUAGAACUACCUGUGUGUGUUUACCACCCAGCUUCAGCUCUUCUGUGGUUGGGUCUGACCCACGUUAGUAAAUGUAAGUCCUCCAUCAGGCUUGUGCCUCUUCUAGUGUCAUUUUAAAGGAUUUUAUUUAUUUAUUUAACCGUUACUAGAUUACCAGCAACAGAAAUGCUGCUAAUAACACACAAUAAUGUGAAGCUGGAAAAAUUAGAAUACUGUGCAAAAUUGCAUUCAUUUCUGUAAUUUAACUAGACUGAGAGACCAUCUAAAGGCUCGGGAACCUUUACAGGUGUUUCUAUUUGCAAUUUUAAAUUUUAGCUGAUUGGGGUCUUGUUAAAUAUCACACAGUGACCUUUUAAUAGUCUAGAUAAGUGUAAUGUUCCUGUUAGUAGUUCCUCCUGUUAAGUGCUUAUUUAUUUAAAUUAUUCAGGUUUAAAAAAAACAUUUGGACAUACAUUUUAUUAUGUUCCAGUCAUUAGUCAUUUAUAUUUCACUAUUGUAGUAAUUCUUGCAUGCUUUAAUGAAAAAAGUAACUAAGUAGUUAUUUUUCUUGGUAAUUAGUUACUUUUAUAAUCUUGUAACUCAGUUAGUAACUGAGUUACUUUUUUGACAAAGUAAUCAGUAACUAUAACUAAUUACUUUUUAAAAGUAACGUUCCCAACACUGGUCACAACCCUGGUGUGAAACCAUAAACUCCACCCAUCUCACCU